AUGAAUCAGCUCACGAAGCUCGAGCCCAAGGUCGUGAGAGAGAACACAUUCUCUCUCUAUUUAAAGCCCAAGACCCCUAGCACAGGGAUUUACGAAGGCGAACUUCUUCUAGGUGGAGGAGAUCCCAAACUAUACGAAGGAGAGCUGAGUUAUGUACCCGUCGAAGCCCAGGCCCCUUGGACGGUGAAGCUGAAGGGUGUAGAGAUUGUUACUGGACAGAUCACACCUUACAACGAAAGAAUAUUUCUGGAUACUGGAACCAACUUCAUAGUAUUCCCGAUUUCUCAAAUAAAUAAGCUUAUCGACGAUAUUGCCAAGCAGGCCAGUGAUAACGCCAAGGAGAAGGUUGAGAUUAUAUACCACGAGUCUGUUAAAAGAUGGACAUACGACUGUACCUACCGCGA